AUGGCGAGCGAGGAAGGGUUCGAUCUGAGUAGGCUCUCUGCAAGCCAACAGGAGGCGCUACAGCAAUACACCGACGUCACAAGCCAGGAGAUCAAGGACGCUGUCCCUCUUCUCGAGAGAUCCCAGUGGAACGUUCAGAUCGCAAUUGCCAAGUUCUUCGAUGGCGAAGGACCGGAUCCGGUCGCAGAAGCCCAGGCCGCACAAGAUCGCAUCCCGCGGGCAAGCGCGAGACAUGAAAACCUACACGAGAGUUUUUUGGAUGCUGGUAACCGGCCAAACCGGACGCGGCGACCUCAAACGGAUGCCGCACCACGAGUCGUGCCCCAACCUCCCGUAGUACAUCCGACGCCAUUUUUGGCAACUAUCCUCUUCGCCCCAUUCCGCUUCGGAUACAGGGUUUUCGCCAACCUCUUCAAAUUAGUCUCCUUUUUCUUGUCGUUCCUGCCGCAGUCGCUACGCCCCCAGUUUGUGGCGUCCUCUAUCUCGAAAGGCUUGGGACAGACAAGUGGGCGAAGAGUGACGCUUCCCAAGGAAACGGCGCGAAGGUUUCGGCGCGAUUUUGAAGAAGAAUACGGGGCACAUGGCCUUCCUUUCUUCGAGGACGGCCAUGCCCAGGCAUUGGAUACGGCCAAAAGGGAUCUCAAAUUCCUCUUGACGGUUCUAAUAUCCCCGGAACACGACGACACCGCGUUCUUCAUCCGCAACACGCUGCUGUCGCCGGAGGUUGUGGGUUUUAUCAAUGAUCCGGCCAACAACAUUAUCAUAUGGGGCGGGAAUGUGCUGGACUCGGAGGCAUAUCAGGUCGCCAGGGAGUACAACUGCGUCAAGUACCCCUUUUCGUGUCUGGUGUGCCUCACUCCCAAGGAGGGAACCACACGCAUGGGCAUCGUCAAACGCCUAGUUGGCCCUAUGACACCAGCGUCAUUCCUCACUGGGAUCCAGGCGGCCAUUACCAAGUAUGGCCCCGAUCUAAACGGCGUCCGGGCAGAACGAGCAGCGCAGGAGAUGGCGCGCAACUUGCGGUCUCAACAGGAUUCGGCGUACGAGAGGUCGCUGGCCGCGGAUCGCGAAAGGGCACGCCAGAAGCGGGAGGCAGCUGCUGCGGCGGCUGCGGCCGAGAAGCGUGCUCGGGAGGAAGCCGAGGCCGCUGCCCGGCUACAGAAGCUACGGCAGCAAUGGAGAGAGUGGCGGGCGAGCACCAUCGCGCCCGAACCAGCCGCCGGCGCCAAGGAUGCGGUCCGUCUAGCACUCAACAUGCCUGUCUCGUCUGGGGCGGGACGCGUGGUUCGGAGGUUUGCCAUGCAAACCACCAUGGAAGAGCUAUAUGCGUUUGUGGAGUGUCAUGAUCUCCUUCAAGACCCAUCCAGCGACAAGAGGGCUGAAAAACCCCAGGGAUACGACCACAAGUACGAAUUUACCAUCUCAUCGGUCAUGCCGCGGGAGACGUUCGAGCCGAGUGAGAGCACCACGGUCGGCGAGAAGAUGGGCAGGGGUGGCAACCUGGUGGUUGAGGACAUAACCCCUGAGGAUGGAGAUGUUGAAUAG